UUUAUCGUAAUGUGGUUUGCAUCCUCACAGAAUAUUUUAUUAAUAGACUUCAAUCUUAUUUUAAGUUAGUGUAAUAGCUAAAAAAUAAUAAUUAUGCCUAGAAUAUGUGUUGUUUGUAAAAAAUAUGAUAUUAAGGGAUCAGAGAAAUCAUUUCAUUCCUUUCCUAAAAAUAAAGAUCGUCAGCAACUUUGGUUUAAAGUGUGUAAUAUAAAAUGGUAUUCGCCAUCCUACAAGAUACGCCAAGAUCAUUUUUCGCCAGAAAAUUAUCCACCAAGUGGAUAUCUGAAAAAUAAUGCUGUUCCAUUUCUAACAUCUACAAGACGUACAGGUAUGCAAAAAUGUAUUUAUCAUCAAACAUUAUUUUGAUACAUAGGUAAUAUAACAGUCUAAUGCCC